GUCAAAGCUGACACCUCGUACACGAAUGAGACCACGGCCUCCUGUUCACAUUGAUUGUGUUUACAAAUCGGUAAAGUGUUCGGUGCGGUGUACAGGAGUCAAUUUCAUGAGCCUGUGCCGGUGAAAAUCGUACUUAAGUCUAGCAGAGCUACGAAAGGUGCAGUAAAUUGGCAAGCCCGCCGGAGCAACCGACAGCUAUGAAAAUGAUGUUCGUAUCUGCAAUGAGCAUCUGUCUGCUGAUCAACUACGCCGUGUCCGCAAUCCCGAAACCGGAAGAAAAGCGCAUCCUGGAUCAUGAUCCACUGAGCCACGCGCAACACUAUCAAAACGAUGAGCAUAACAAACAGUACGAUCAUGAAGCGUUUCUGGGCGAGGACGCCAAAACGUUCGAUCAGCUCGAGGCGGACGAAAGCAGAAGACGGCUAGGACUCAUCGUAGAUAAAAUAGAUGGCGACAACGAUGGGUUCGUUAAUCUGUCCGAGCUGAAGGCGUGGAUACAGUACACGCAGCGGCGCUACAUCGACGAUGAUGUCAACCGGCAGUGGAAGACGCACAACCCGAACAACACGGAGAAGGUGCACUGGGAUACGUACCGGAAGAAUGUGUACGGUUUCCUGGACGAGCUGGCGUCACACGAGACGGACCAUCCAAGCGACGAGCACUUUUCCUAUCGCGCGAUGAUGAAGCGCGAUCGGCGCCGCUGGAGCAUUGCGGAUCGCGACGGGGACGACGAGCUGACGCGCGAAGAGUUUACCGAUUUCCUGCAUCCCGAGGAAAGCCGGCACAUGCGCGACGUGGUCGUGACGGAAACGAUCGAAGACAUCGAUAAGGACAGCGAUGGGAAGGUGUCGGUCGAGGAGUACAUUGGCGAUAUGUACCGGCAGGGCGAACCGGACGAGGAGGAACCAGACUGGGUGAAGCACGAGCGGGAAACGUUUACCAACUUCCGUGACAAGAAUAAGGAUGGCUUUAUGGACAAUCAGGAGGUGAAGGAUUGGAUCACGCCGGCGGACUUUGAUCAUGCGGAAGCGGAAGCACGCCAUCUUAUCUACGAGGCCGAUUCCGACGCCGACGAAAAGCUCACCAAGGAUGAGAUUAUUGAAAAGUAUGAUUUGUUCGUCGGUUCACAGGCGACAGAUUUUGGUGAGGCUUUGACGCGGCACGAUGAGUUUUAACGGCCAAUCCUUGGUAGUGUUGUAGCGUUAGGAUAAACAAUUAUGGCGCCGUGCGAUGUGCGGUGGAUUUGUGUUUGUAAAUGUAACGAUUAGUUUUGAUUGCAUUGGUAUUGUUGAGAUGAGACGGAACUAGGGACUGAACCGUUUAGCCCACUUCCAUUUGCCAUACGAGGGUAAACGCAAGAAGCAUGAUUAACGAACAACUAAUGAACAGAUAACGUAAGCUAGUAAAACGGAUCUGACUUUUUUAAUAACGACCAUUCUCACUCUAACUCUCUACCCUAACAUUUAUGGUUUAUGUAUAAAUAUGCGGAACUUGCAUCGAUAUAGUAAUUAUUUACAAACGAUAUUUUUUCGAUAUUAAUUUCGGUAUUGUGCAGAACGGCGGUAGGAGGGAGCAUUUAGUAAAGCAUAGACGGUAUGCAAACUGUGUGUGUUUACCAACUCAAACCACAAACCAAUAAACCGUGUUCUAUUAAAAACGAAAUUCAGCAAUCAAGUGUGAGUUAAAAACAUUUUUAGAAAAUACAGGAGAUACUCAUUGUAAA